AUAGCUUGGAUUCCCGCUCUUCUUCUGUCAGAUCAUGGCUGCAUCGUCCAAGUUCUCGACACUCUUUCAUACCUAAGUGUAGAGCAUAGCACAGCACAACACAGCACAACACAUCACAGAACUUGUUUAGCCCCCCUAGGCAACCACGACCCAUCAACAGAAAGCAUGUCGCUCGCACCAUACUCCAUCCUCCUCGCCGCCCUUGCAGGUUUGCAUCCCGUCCAAGGCGGAAGCGCAGCCUGGCAACCCCAGCUCGGGCACAGCACCAAACGCGACGUGGUGAGCCAAGCCGACCCGUCCGGUCACGCCGUCAAGGACGCCUUGGUCCGGCGCCACCUCGCCGUCAAGCGCUACCUGACCAUCGAUCCCAACCUCUGCGACUUGAAGCCGUGGCCCGACAAGACCACCAAGUACUGCUACGAGUCCACAGCGGCCAACAUGUGGAAGACUGCCGGGCUCGCCGCGGGCGUGUACAAGUGCUCGGAGGUGGCGGACCCGGGCACGGCCUGCACCGGGCACCAGGACCGGGCCAAGCUGCUCGUCCCCGUGCCGGGAGUUGAAUACACUCCCGGGUACGCCACCGUGGGCAUCGAGCCGCUCAACGCCAACGAUGAAUGCAAGGGCCCCGAGAUGUACAUCAACUGGGACCUGCGCGAGGUGGAGGGAGGGACGGGCUUCCUCUCGACCGUGGCGCACGAGAUGGGCCAUGUCUGGGGCCUGUACCACGAGCACCAGAACCCGCUGUUCUGGCAGAUGCCCUACUCGUCGUCCGACGGCAAGUUUUAUUUGACCGAGAUUCCGAAGCGAGGCGCCACCAACGAGCACGUCGAUUGGAACUCCCUCAUGAUCUACCAGGGCAAUGACUUCCUACGCAAGAACGAUGGACCGUCCCAAGACGGUGUUGCCGGCAUCAGGCGCAUCUACGAGGAUAGCUUUUCUGCCCACGACUUUUCUACCCUAGCCAACUCGAUGAAGAGCAAUUGGUAUAUAAGAUUCAAGGACAUGAUGAGGCGCACGUAUUGCAGAAUUGUAGAGUGA